GAUCUGGAGCACCAGGGGAUCUGGAGCACCAGGGGAUCUGGAGCCCCAGCUGGGGCGGGGCGCUCCCGAGGCUCCGCCCUCUGAGCCUGGCUUCCCAGCUCCCGCCGCUGCUUCGCAGCGCAUCAGGCGAUGUAUCUCCGCAGGGCUGUGUCCAAGACUCUGGCGCUGCCCCGGAGGGCGCCCCCCGGCCCUGCACCGCUAGGGAAGGACGCAUCUCUUCGCCGAAUGUCAUCGACCAAGCUCCCUGGAACAUCUGGCUCCAAUAUGAUUUAUUACCUGGUUGUAGGUGUGACAGUCAGUGCUGGUGGAUAUUAUACUUACAAGGCUUUCACAUCAAAGCAAGUCAGAAAUACAGAGCGUGUACCUGCUGUGAAAAAGCAAACCCAAGCAGAGCCACAGCCUCUUCCAGGCGAAAAGGGGCUAGUGGCAGACGCCGGGAAAGCCUCUUCAGAGGCUGGAGACAUUUCUGAAAAGGAAGCUGAAGAAAUUUCUGAAAAGGAAGCUGAAUUGGUAGAUGCUGAGGCUGCUGCUGGGCUUCCAGAGGAGGCUCCGGCCUCCCAGGUCCCAGAGGACGCAGCUGGGCUUCCAGAGGAGGCUCCGGCCUCCCCAGUCCCAGAGGCUGCAGCGGUGCUUCCAGAAGAGUGUCCGGCUUCCCCGGUCCCAGAGGCUGCAGCUGGCCUUCCAGAAGAAUGCCCCUCCUUCCCGGUCCCAGAGGCUGCAGCUGGCCUUCCAGAAGAGUGUCCGGCUUCCCCGGUCCCAGGGGAUGCCUCUGGGCUUCCAGAGGAGACUCCGGCCUCCCCAGUCCCUGCCGAGGGCUCAGCAGGGCUUCCAGAAGAGUGUCCGGCCUCCCCGGUCCCAGAAGAUGCAGCUGGGCUUCUAGAGGAGGUUCCGGCCUCCCUGGUCCCUGCCGAAGCUGCGGUGGAGACCUCCAGUGCAGAGCCUGAGCCGAAGAUUACCAAUGCUUGCGUGGAGGAGACCACCGCGGCUAACCCUGAAUCCACUCCGGAGGGGGAGAGCGCAGUGCUGGACCAGGCUGACGCCUGCAAAGAGGAGGCUGCUAACAGCAACCAGGCCGAAGGUACCACUGGGAACCCAAGUUCUGAGGAGAGCCCUGUGAUAGAAGAAAGCCGCCCUCCCUUAGGCUCAGAACCCUCUGUCCAGCAUGAGUCACAAGAAGAAACCGGAGUCACAGCAGAAGCAGCCUCACCCCAAGGUUGAGCUGAAAAAUUCUAUACUUGCUUUUAUAUUUUUAGUAAUUUCAGCCCUUCUUUCUAGAAUUUUAUUUUAAUACACCUUAAAGAUUUUGGCUUUUACUAAUAGAAACUUGAUUGGGAUUUGGUAUUUUACAUGUCUUAAUAGUUUUCUCCCCUCUAAAAUCAGGCUGUGUAAAGAGCUUAAACAGUGUUAACUUUAAAUUUAAAUUUUACGUUUUAGAAAUUGAGUUAUCUGUGCAACCUGUAUUCACUUUGAUUUUGCUCUGCCUUUCUCUUUCUUUACUUUAUUAAAUGUAAGACUAGAUUAUUG